ACCCUUGAAAGAGAUAAUGAGCUGCAAAGGGAGAAGGCAAAAGAAAAUGAAGAAAAGUUCCUUAAUCUUCAGAAUGAGCAUGAGGAAGCAGUAAGAACUUGGAAAAAAGAUGAGGAAAACAUGACAAGGGAGGUAAAUACUAUAAAAAAUGAGUUGCUGUCACUUAAAGGAGCUUUCACACAUCUCCAAGACUGCCAUUCUCCUCAGACAGAUCAACAUGCUGGGCAAGAGGAAAACCUGCAGAAUGGUGAAGCACACUCUGAGGUCAUCAGAAUACAGACUAGUCAGAGAGAAGAUGAAUAUUAUGCAAGCUACAUUAAAAAUGAUAGCAUUUCUGAACAAGAAGAAAAUGGAGUAAAAAAUAUUGUAGGCCAUUCUUCUGACAUUGAUAAAGUACAGGCAAAACAAAGUAAUGAUAGCACUGAAGAGGCAAAUAAAAUAAUUGCUGAAGGUAUAAAUACUUAUAAAGACAGUUACUCCAACUGGGAAAACUGUUCCAGAGCUUCUCUUCUAGAUGAUUUACAAGUUCUUGAAAACUGUUGUAUGAUUGAAGAUAAGCCUAUUAGCCCUUGUGAAAAAAAACAAAGAGAGGUUUCUUCUCCAAGCAAAACCUUUUGCACAGAUGUUAAUUUAAGUAAUCAAGGAUACACCUGGGAAAUAUGUGUUGCUGGGUGCAAAGAGGUUGCGAAAGAAAAAAUGUACUUGGAGAAAAGCAUUGUAAAUGCAAAAGUAAAAGCCCAGGACAGCCCCUGCUCACCGACAAAGCUCCCAGUUGAAAUAAGAAAAAUGCUCCUAGACAAUAGUGAAGCAUCAGGUGUCUUCAAUGAGGAUGCUGGUCAGCAGACAGGCUCCAGCAAGCAUACAGCUGGCAGUACUACAAAUGAAUUAGUUUGUAACACAAAUGAUAAGGCAGAUAUCACACCCACACAGUAUGAAAAAGAUGUCUUUAUAAAGGAUAUACCUAACAAAGAGUGCAGCUUUGCUCUAGGCACUGAAAAAGAGUCUGCAACUGAGCGUACCACAAGCACUUCACGAGCUAAAACAGAAUUUAAUUUUGCCAUCCUGUCUCAAGCUACAGAAAAUAAUCAGACAACACUUCCGAAAUGUAGUUUACAGGACAAUGGCAAGUAUUUAGAUGACAAACAAUGCAAAACAGAACAGAUACAACUGUUAAAUCGAUGCACCAGUGGCAUUUCCUCAGACACACCUUCAUUUAAACAGACUCGUAAAAAUGUUCAAGAGAGAUGUAAUGAUGAAAAUGCAAGCAAAACUAAUGAAAAUUGUAUGUUAAGCAGUACUUGUGAUACAAUAAUUGAUGCUCCAGUUCAACCUACCUUUUUUUGUGAUAAUGCAAGUGCAGAUUCUGGCAACACAAACGAAAAGAAUACUAAUAAUAUAUCUAUGAUAGAGAAUGUAAAUGUAGGUACUGAAAAACCAGAUACAUUGACAAAACUGAAUGAUACACAAAGUGACCAACCUGAGCAAGACACUACUGAACAAACAGGAAAUGCUAUAAAUAAACAUGUUUGUACAGAUGUGAUUUUGCCUUUAAACACUGAAAAAAAUUGGUCAGCCCAGAGUGAUGAUUUUGAAAUUGUACAUAAACAAAAUUUCACAAACAAAAUUACCACAGUUAAACACAUUUCCUGUGAAAAAGAUCAAUUAAAUGGUACCCAGAUUUCAAACAUUAAAGGAAGACAAUCUUCUAUGAUUAAUGAUAAUAAUGCUGUGAAGAAUACAUUGUUAAAAGAGGAAAAAGAGUCACUAAAUAAUACAGUUGCAGGAGCAAAAUUUGCUGAAGGUCACCUGGAAGAAUCAUGUUCUUUACCCAUAAGGACAUCUGGAGAUUUAGAAAACAGAAGUGGAAGGUCAUCCUUUGAUCUUUCAACUUCAGAUAAAAAAACUGAGAAAACUCCAGUAGACUUAAAGUUUUUAGAUCUCGGUCCUUGGUCAAAAGUAAAUCAUGUUGAAAGUCAAACAAUGGGGGCUUCAACUUCCAAAGCGCCUUUUCUUUUGAAAGAGAAACUAUUACGUCUAUCAGAAAACAAAGAGAUACUUUCUUCAAAACGGUGUCAUACUCUGAGUGUAAAUGCUGUAAUGAAAGAAACAGGACUAGAUUCUACCAGUAUUAACAGAGUUGCUGACACUUUGAAUACCUCCAGUAUCCACCGAGACCCCAAGAGAGAUCCCAGUGAAGAAUGGAAUGCAAUAGCAAAGACUUUUUAUGAUUCUUCUUUUCCCACAGAACAUGUCAAGCCAAGACUUACUACAGCUUUGUGUUAUGAGCAGAAAUCUUGUGUGACUUACAAAGCCAACACACCAAUUUUAAAUGAAAGUUCAUUUGAAGAGGACUGGAAUACUCAGAAUAACUUAAUAAAAAAUCAAAUCAAAGAAAUAGAAAAGUUUUUGGAUAUGGAAAGGCUCUGCCGGUCUCGUAAGAGGAAAUAUGAAGAAAGUACAGAUGCAGUGACAGAAGACAAAACAGAUAUCUAAUUCACUUGUCUGAAUAUGCUUAAAAUAUGUGAAUCAGAUUUGUAGAGGUCUGCCAUUGGAAGUACAGAACUACAUAUUUUAUUCUUUGUGUAAAUCUAAGUUGCAGAUGCUCCAAAGUUUUUUGUCGUCUGGAUGUAAUCCUAUUAGAAUGGAUUCCCAAUAUUUGUGCAACCAAAGUCCUUGUGAUAGGUUGUAAAGCUGUUGCUAGAAGUUAAAACAUUGAUAAGCAGUUUUAUUUACAGCUGUUAACUGUAAUUGGCAGUAUAUAUACAGCUCAAAUCCUGAAAAAUCUUAGCUGUAGGACUUCCUUGUUUCUGAAAGCAUAACAAUCAAACGAGAGAGACAAACAGGCUUCAGAAUGAAUUGGUUCCCUUGGCUUUUUAGGAUAAACAACAUCACAAACUGCCAGAAGAACAAUGAAGUAUGCUACUCGUAUGCAUCAGGUAUUUUAAUAGAGAGCCAACUACGAUGGAUGCCAAUUCUUAGAGUAAAUAUUGUCUUUUAGAAGUGUAUUGCAUAUGUACAUAUAUAUGAGGUAUCAAUAGUUACUUCUACAGGGUAAAUUUUUCUUUAUCCAACUGAUUUUCAUUUCUCAGUUUUGGCAGAAGUUAAGUUUCUGUAUCCCCUAUAAUUUUUUGCAUCA